AUGGCUGGGAAGAGGGUAUUUGGCUUUGCUUGUUCCGCGUCAUCCCCUUUUCUCAAUUUCAAUCGAAAUGCAAACUUGCUCUAUUUUCUCGCUUCUCCUCGUCAUUUCUCCAUAUUUUCUGCUUCUUCUUCAGAGGAUGGUUGUGGGCCUUUCCGUGAUAAUUUUCAGAAAUGGCAUAAUGGGGGUGGCACUUUCCAUGAGUCAGCUUGCAUUGACUCUACAGCACUUGUAGAGGUUGGAGCUGUAGUUCAUUCAGAAUCUGUUGUUGGUCCAAAUGUUCGUAUUGGCUCUGGAACUAUUGUUGGGCCUUCUGUUACAAUUUCUCAUUCAACAAAGAUAGGGUUUAAUGUUGCGCUUAGUAAUUGCUGUAUAGGUGAUUCAUGUGUAAUCCACAAUGGAGUCUGCAUUGGUCAAGAUGGGUUUGGAUUUUAUGUGGACGGUGAUGGUAAUAUGAUAAAGAAGCCUCAGAUGUUGAAUGUAAUAAUAGGGAACCAUGUGGAAAUUGGUGCAAAUACAUGCAUUGACAGGGGCAGCUGGAGAGAUACAGUUAUUGGGGACAAUUCGAAGAUAGAUAAUUUAGUUCAGAUUGGCCAUAAUGUAGUUAUCGGGAAGAAUUGUAUGCUUUGUGGACAAGUUGGGAUUGCAGGUUCAGCAAACAUAGGAGAUUAUGUGACUAUGGGAGGAAGGGUAGCUGUCAGAGAUCACGUAUCCAUUAUAUCAAAGGUUCGGUUGGCUGCGGCAAGUUGUGUAACCAAGGACAUCAAAGAGCCUGGGGAUUAUGGUGGCUUUCCAGCUAUUUCAAUACACAAAUGGCGGAGACAAGUUGCCAGCCGUUGUCAGACUCCAGUGAGAAGAAAUCCCUAAAGUCGGCAAAAUAUAUUUGGGAAGUUAGUGGAGUCUGAGUACUUGCCUCAGGAAGCUCCACUGCUGCAGUAAUUUUGCUAUAGAUUGUCCAGUGAGUACAGUUUUUUGGGCUAAAUUUUAAGUUUAUUAAACACACCAUUACAUGAAUUGUUAUUGCAAGAGAAAAAAAUACAUGAAUAUGGAAUUGUUUGUUUUC